GGGGGAGGGAGGGAGGGAGCGAGGAGUUCCCGGGGGCUCGGUACGGCGCUGCGCUUCCCCCCAUCCCCUCCUCCUCCUCCUUCUCCUCCUCCUCCUCCCGCUCCUCCCGCUCCCCCCGCCGCUGUCCCCGCGCUCCCGGCCGGGGCUCAGGCCGCCGAUCGCAGCCGAGCCGAGGCGAGGCCGAGCCGCCGCCGGGCGCUGCGCAGGUUUGGACCGCGCGCCAUUUUGUGAGGGCAGCGAACAGCCAGAGCCCGGCCGGGGACCCGCCGGGCCGCCCGGGCUCCCCUUCCCACCGCGGGCAGACCCGCGGCCCGAGGGAGGAGGAGGCGCCGCCGCCGCCGAGGCCCCCGGGGAAGAGCGGGAGGACGCGCCCGGCGCUCGCCCCGCGGAGGGAGAGGCCUCGCCCCGAGAGAAGCCGCCGCACGGUGUUGUUUGCUGCUGGACUCCCCCUGUCCCCACAACCCCGCAGGAUGAUAUGAGACUUGAAAGAAGACGAUGCAUACAGGAGGAGAGACUUCAGCAUGCAAACCUUCAUCUGUUCGGCUUGCACCAUCGUUUUCAUUCCAUGCUGCUGGCCUUCAGAUGGCUGGACAGAUGUCCCAUUCGCAUCAGCAGUACAGUGACCGGCGGCAGCAGAGCAUCAGUGACCAGCAGGUCUCGGCCUUAUCCUACGCUGAGCAGCUCGAGCAGCCACUCCCCCUGACAAACCAGAGGCGGAUGCCCCAAACUUUUCGUGAUCCAGCCACUGCUCCACUGAGGAAACUCUCCGUAGAUUUGAUCAAAACAUACAAGCAUAUUAAUGAGGUUUACUAUGCAAAAAAAAAACGGCGGCAUCAGCAGGGCCAGGGAGAUGAUUCCAGUCACAAAAAGGAGAGGAAAGUUUACAAUGAUGGUUAUGAUGAUGACAACUACGACUACAUUGUGAAAAAUGGGGAGAAGUGGAUGGACCGCUAUGAAAUCGACUCCUUGAUAGGCAAAGGAUCCUUUGGACAGGUGGUGAAGGCUUAUGACCGAGUGGAGCAGGAGUGGGUGGCCAUCAAAAUCAUCAAAAACAAGAAGGCUUUCCUAAACCAGGCCCAGAUUGAAGUGAGACUGCUCGAGCUGAUGAACAAACAUGACACUGAGAUGAAGUACUACAUAGUGCAUUUGAAGCGUCACUUCAUGUUCAGGAACCACCUGUGCUUGGUGUUUGAGAUGCUGUCCUACAACCUGUACGACCUGCUGAGGAACACCAACUUCCGCGGCGUGUCGCUCAACCUGACGCGCAAGUUCGCGCAGCAGAUGUGCACGGCCCUGCUCUUCCUGGCCACCCCCGAGCUCAGCAUCAUUCACUGUGACCUAAAACCAGAGAACAUCCUGCUCUGCAACCCCAAAAGGAGCGCCAUCAAGAUUGUGGAUUUUGGCAGUUCGUGUCAGCUUGGGCAGAGGAUAUACCAAUAUAUCCAGAGUCGUUUUUAUCGCUCACCAGAGGUGCUACUGGGAAUGCCUUAUGACCUUGCCAUUGAUAUGUGGUCCCUUGGGUGUAUUUUAGUCGAGAUGCACACUGGAGAGCCUCUCUUUAGUGGGGCAAAUGAGGUGGAUCAGAUGAAUAAAAUAGUGGAAGUUUUGGGGAUACCACCAACCCACAUCCUCGACCAAGCACCCAAAGCAAGGAAGUUCUUUGAGAAGUUGCCAGAUAGCACUUGGAACUUGAAGAAGACCAAAGAUGGAAAAAGGGAAUACAAACCACCGGGAACUCGCAAACUCCACAAUAUCCUGGGAGUUGAGACAGGAGGGCCUGGUGGGCGCCGUGCUGGGGAGUCAGGUCAUACUGUAGCUGACUACUUGAAGUUCAAAGACCUCAUCUUAAGGAUGCUUGACUAUGACCCCAAGACACGAAUCCAGCCCUACUACGCCCUGCAGCACAGUUUCUUCAAGAAAACGGCGGACGAAGGUACCAACACGAGUAACAGCGUGUCCACGAGUCCUGCCAUGGAGCAGUCACAGUCUUCAGGAACCACCUCUAGUACAUCUUCAAGCUCAGGUGGAUCUUCUGGCACGAGCAACAGCGGAAGGGCGCGGUCGGACCCCACGCACCAGCAUCGACACAGCGGUGGGCACUUCACUGCUGCUGUGCAAGCCAUGGACUGUGAAACACACAGCCCACAGGUUCGGCAGCAGUUUCCCCCUCCCAUCGGUUGGACAGCCACCGAAGCUCCCACCCAGGUCACCGUGGAGAACCACCCGGUUCAGGAAACCACCUUCCACGUCAACCCUCAGCAACAGAACGCAUUACACCAUCACCACGGCAACAGCUCCCACCACCACCACCAUCACCACCACCACCACCACCACCAUGGACAGCAAGCCUUGGGCAGCCGGACCAGGCCGAGAGUCUACAAUUCUCCAACAAACAGCUCCUCCACCCAGGAUUCUAUGGAGGUGGGCCACAGUCACCACUCCAUGACAUCCCUGUCUUCCUCAACUACUUCUUCCUCUACAUCUUCCUCCUCUACUGGUAACCAAGGCAAUCAGGCCUAUCAGAACCGCCCAGUGGCUGCUAAUACCUUGGACUUUGGACAGAACGGAGCUAUGGACAUGAAUUUAACAGUCUACUCUAAUCCUCGCCAAGAAACUGGCAUAGCUGGACAUCCCACGUACCAGUUUUCUGCUAAUACAGGUCCUGCUCAUUACAUGACUGAAGGACACCUUGCCAUGAGGCAAGGCAUUGAUAGAGAAGAGUCUCCCAUGACAGGAGUUUGUGUUCAGCAAAGUCCUGUGGCUAGCUCGUGACUAAACUGAAACUAAGUUUGUUUCUUGUGUGUUUUUAUAGAAGUGGUGUUUUUCCAAAAAAAAAAAAAAACAAAGUGCAAAGCUGCUUGAAUCAGAAGGAGAUAAACUCACUGAACCGCUACAGGAGGGCAAAGUUGACUAUUUUUUUAAACUUGAAAAGAUUGCAAAGGGACAAUGAAGUUUUUUGUUUUGUUGGUUUUUUGCUGGGGGGAGGUUUUUUUGGUUGGCUUUUUUUUUUUUUUUUUUUUUUUUUUUUUAAGAGCCAUGUCUGGACCCACCUUAACAGAUAGCUUAGUGGUGUUCACCUUUUGCUUCCCCCAUUUUAACUUGCCACAACCUAGUCAUAGCUUGGUUUUUUUGGGGAGGGGUUUUGAUUUUUUUUAAUUUUAAUUUUAAUUUUUUUUUUUUUUGCUCUCAUUCGACAGGGGUUAUUGUUCAAAUGUUAGUCAUAGUUGCAAACUAGUUUCUUUUUAAAGGCAUUGCACAUGAUUUCUAAAAAAAGGCCCUUUGAAGUUUUUUGGGUGGGAGGGGGAGUGAGUAAUAUAUAUAUUUUUUUUAGUUCCCCAAACAACCAUGGGCACAGAAAUGCAGUACUGUAAGAAAGAGGGACCUUCAGAUUACACAAAUAUAUUAUUCUUCAGCUGUAAAAAGGGACGGUUGUGACGGAGUUUGUGAGGCACAUUGAGCAUGCGAAGUGGCGGUGAGCAGAACUCUCCUUUUCUGAAUCUACUGAGGAUCAAAGCAGCAAUUGUGAUGGGAACCCUGUGGGUGCCACCUUUUGGAGCCCACGGGCAGUUAGGAUGGAAAUCUGACUGGUUUCAUAACUGAGGUGCACUGAGAAGCAAUCAACGGGUCGGUCCUGGCCAGUCCUGGGGAGGUCUAAGUGGUGGUCUUUGGGAUAACCUUUGGCCUUAUGGAUUUGGACUCUUAAGUUAGAAGAGCCUACCAUUUCAGAUGCAAUCACUUUUGGACAUGCUUUUGCAGACAGUCCUUAAUGCUGAAAACACAGAGAAUGGGUAAUUCAAGAGGCCUUUCUUUUAAAAUAGACUUUUGUGACCCACUUAUUGUAAGGUAUUGCAAGGUCACUUUGCGUGUGUCAUAAAGUUGACUUCCUUAUUGGUUGAAGGUCACAGGAGUAGUGGUUUGCGUUUGAUGGAAAUAGCUACAACUGUGUCCCUUCCUGCUUUUUACUUUUUUCUUUUGCUUUUUCUCGGCACGUGGUUUUCUCCACCAUUACUUCUGCACAAAGACGUCUUCUGUUCAUCCUGAACAUUUUUAAAAAAAAAAAAAAAUGCAGAAUUUUAUGUGACUGCUUUUUUGCCUCACAAUUAUGCUGUGAAUUUUACAAAAAUUUAUUUUCUUUUUUGAUAAUUUAUUGUACCAAAGCUGUUUUUAUAGCACAUAGAUGUCUGUAACCAAUAAUGUAGCAGUUCUGCACUUUGACACAAGGUGUAACUAGACCAUUUUUAAAUGUCAGUUGAAAAAUUAUGGCUGUACUAUUGCUUAAACAAAACUGGAACUGUCGUUGAAUUCAUAGCCAAUACAUUUACAGCAAUCUGUGUACUGAAGAUAAUAGAUUGACAUCUACUUGGAGACUAUAACAUCUGUUACAUUAUCAAUGUGUUCAGGCUUCUGAAGGUUAAAAGGGACACUAGAUCCAGAAGCUAUGAAACCAGCAGUUGAUUCUUGUAUUCCUUAUUAACAGAGUUGUAAACUUGAAGGCAAAGACCUUGAUUGCAUGAACAGGUCCAAAAAAACAAUAGGCUGAGUAAAGCAAAACCCUCAAGGGAGACCUGAGGUUAGCAGGCUGUAUUUAACAGGUGCCUAAUUUUUGGGUAACGCUGCCUUAAUAUAACACAGUCAGCUUGGCAGUUGCAAAAUUUAUGGGCCCAUCCAAGAGAUUUUUUUUUUUUUUUUUUUUUUUUUUUUGUGGGAAAAGGAAAAAAAAAAACCAAACAGCUGCGUGAGGAAAAACACCUUGGUGAAAGAAUGAAGGUGAGUUCCUAGCUUGCCCAUCCCAGAUGAACAGUGUUGCCCAUCCUCUCUUACAGAAGCAGUGAUCUACCUCUGCCAGCCAGCCCUUGGAAAAGUUAAUUUUAGCAGCAAAUGGUCAAUUCCAUGCGGCCAAGUCGUUUUUUCAGUGGAAAAGGUGGAAUUUUUUAUACUCACAGUGGCAACACAGCAGCUGACUACCAUGUAAAUGGGAAGGAAUCCUUGGGAUUAGGGGUUUUUUUUUGUAAAUCAUGAUUUUCUUAUCAGAUAUUUCUUUUUGUACUGACACAUCAACCCUGUGGAUGAAAGCAGAUUUUUUUUCUUCCCCCCCCCCCCCCCCCCCCCUUUUUUUGUUUUGUUUUAUUUGGUUUGGUUUUCUUUGGAAGCUCAGUAAUUCAGAGAAGUUUAUGAGAUUGGGAAGGCUGUCACCUUAGAAAAGAAUGCUGAGUUUAGCAAUAUCAACUAAAAGGAAUCUUACUGCUGCCUAGGAAUAGAAGGGUCAUGUGGAAUCUGGGUAACACCACGCGCCACCCCUUAGCAAGCGCCAAAAAACCCCCACCAAACCUAAAGCAGUUCAAAGAAAUAACCUCUACAUCAAGAAGAAAACAAACAAACAAACAAAAAAAAAUUCAUCAAAUCCAGUGCUUCUGCAUACUGUGUUAUGUUACAGUCCAGUUUUGUGUGCUUUACUACACAGUUUGGUUACAGGACUUCUGUGCAUUGUAAACAUAAACAGCAUGGAAAAGGUUAAAUACCUGUGUUCAGAUUGUAAGAUCUAGUCCGGACUUGCUGUGUAUAUUGUAACGUUAAAUGAAAAGACAAGCCCUUUGUAUUAUAGUCAUGCAGUCUUAUGUAUGAUAAACAGUUGAAUAAUUUGUCCUCA